AUGUCACCGGGAGACGUUGGAAUAUUAAAAUCAACUAUUCUCCCAUCAUUCGGCCUCUAUUCAAGCCUUUCCCUAGGAACAUACAUCGCAGCCAAGGCAACAGACAGAGUCGAACUCAAAGACUGGCUGUGGCCCUCGGCCCAAGUCAUCAAUGCCUGGUGGAGCGCCAUCGGCCAGCCAAUGUACGAUCAAGGAAUCUCGUUUAACGCAUGCUGGGAUGGUCUUUCGUGGACCGAGAAGGUACUUCUGAGCUGUGUAACUAUCUGGGGCACUAGACUAUUCGGUCGUAUCGCAUUGCGGUCUCUAUCCCGUGGAAAAGAUGAUGCUCGAUAUGAUGCUAUCAAGAAGGAGCCUGGCUUCUGGAGAACCGCCUUUUUGAAUGUCUUUUUGCCUGAGACUAUUGUUUUGAGUGUGAUUUCACUUCCGUUCACCACUCCUUUCCACAUGGGUGGUAGUAAUAUCUCGUUGGAGGAGAAUACGAUUAACGUUGUUCGUGCUCUGGGCGUUGGACUUUUCGGUGCUGGGUUUGCGAUGGAAGUUAUGGCCGAUACGCAACUUGGACUGCAUCGCAAGGAACGGACUGACCUGUGUCGGCAUGGGGUUUGGAGCCUUGUGCGGCACCCAAACUAUUUGGGAGACACAUUGGUUCACUUCUCCUAUGCUUUGUUGAAUAUGGCCGGCCAUUUCAACCCUGUUGUUUUGCUUGGUCCACUCUCGAAUUACUUGUUCCUACGCUUUGUUGGUGGCGACAAGCAGACCGAAGCCAGCCAGGAAGAGCGAUACAAGGCCAAGGAUGUUCACAAGUAUGAGCAGCUGCAACAAUGGCAAAAAGAGAAGAACAGUUUCUGGCCUUCUCCGAGAGACCUGAUCAAUCCAUGGGCGUUAGCUGUUGCUGGUUUGUGA